AAAAACCUAAAAAAGAAAAACUACCCCAAAAAGCGGCGCUUUUCCCAGCAGGCGGUUCCUCGGUAAAACUUACCGAACUCGGAGCGGGGAAGCACCGGGAGGGGAAGAACCGGCAGCAGAACCGGGAAGGGAAGAACCGGGAGCAGAACCAGCACCGGGAAGGGAAGAACCGGCAGCAGAACGAGGAGGAGAAGAACCGGGAGCAGAACCAGCACCGGGAGGGGAAGAACCGGGAGCAGAACCAGGAGGAAAAGAACCGGGAGAAGAACCGGGAGGAAAACCGGGAGAAGAAUCAGGAGAAGAACCGGGAACAGAACCAGCACCGGGAGGAGAAGAACCGGGAGCAGAAGCCGCACCGGGUGAGAAGAACCGGGAGGAGGAGAAGCACCGAGAGAAGCACCGGGAGGAGCACCGGGAGGAGCAGCAGCACCGGCCGGCUCCGCUCGAUGCGGCGCUGAGCCCCCGCGGCCCCGCGGAGCCAUGGCCAUGGUGGCCGGCGCUUGGGGCGAACCGAACGGUGGCGGAGCCGGUGGCACCGGAGGCGGCGGCGGCGGCGGCGGAGCGGAGGAGGCGGCGUCCCCCGGCGGCGGCGGCAGCGACGCGGAGCACGGCGAGGAGGAGCGGCCCGGGGCCGGCGCGGACUGCGUGGUGUGCGGGGACAAAUCCAGCGGGAAGCACUACGGGGUGUUCACCUGCGAGGGCUGCAAGAGCUUCUUCAAGCGCAGCAUCCGCAGGAACCUCAGCUACACCUGCAGAUCCAACCGGGACUGCCAGAUCGACCAACACCACCGGAACCAGUGCCAGUACUGCCGCCUCAAGAAGUGCUUCCGCGUGGGCAUGAGGAAGGAAGCCGUCCAGCGGGGCCGAAUCCCCCCGAGCCACUCCGGCAGCAGCCCCAACCCCCUCCCGGCCGGCGACUUCUUCAACGGGCAGCCGGUGUCGGAGCUGAUCUCGCAGCUGCUGCGCGCCGAGCCCUACCCGGCGGCGCGCUACGGCUCGCAGUACGCGCAGCAGCAGCAGCCGCCGGGCAGCGUCAUGGGCAUCGACAACAUCUGCGAGCUGGCCGCCCGCCUGCUCUUCAGCACGGUGGAGUGGGCGCGCAACAUCCCCUUCUUCCCCGAGCUGCCCGUCUCCGACCAGGUGGCCCUGCUGCGGCUCAGCUGGAGCGAGCUCUUCGUGCUGAACGCGGCGCAGUCGGCGCUGCCGCUGCACAUGGCGCCGCUGCUGGCGGCCGCCGGCUUCCACGCCUCGCCCAUGUCGGCCGAGAGGGUGGUGGCCUUCAUGGAUCAGAUCCGAGUCUUCCAGGAGCAGGUGGAGAAGCUCAACCGGCUGCAGGUGGACUCGGCCGAGUACAGCUGCCUCAAGGCCAUCGCGCUCUUCACGCCCGACGCCUGCGGGCUGUCGGACCCGGCGCACGUGGAGACGCUGCAGGAGAAGGCGCAGGUGGCGCUGACCGAGUACGAGCGCUCGCAGUUCCCGUCGCAGCCGCAGCGCUUCGGGCGGCUCCUGCUGCGGCUGCCCGCGCUGCGCGCCGUGCCCGCCGCCCUCAUCUCGCAGCUCUUCUUCAUGCGCCUGGUGGGCAAGACGCCCAUCGAGACCCUGAUCCGCGACAUGCUGCUGUCCGGCAGCACCUUCAACUGGCCCUACGGCGCCGGGCAGUAGGGACGGGCGCGCGGACGGACGGCCGGACGGACGGCGGGAUGGAUGGACGGAUGGAUGGAUGGGCAGCGGGACGGAUGGAUGGACAGCGGGAUGGGCCGGAGAACGGGACGGGCCGAACAGCGGGACGGAUGGACGGCGGGACAGAUGGACAGUGGGAUGGGCCAGAGAACGAGCCGGGCCGGACAGUGGGAUGGGCCCGAAAAUGGAAUGGGCCAGAGAACGGGACGGGACGGACAAUGGGACAGGCCGGACAAUGGGAUGGGCUGGACAGCGGGACGGACAGACAGCGGGACGGACAGACAGCGGGAUGAGCCAGACAGCAGGAUGGGCCAGACAAUGGGACAGGCCGGACAAUGGGACAGGCCAGACAAUGGGAUGGGCUGGACAGUGGGACAGACAGACAGCGGCAUGAGCCAGACAGCAGGAUGGACGGACAGCGGGACGGGCCAGAAAAUGGGACGGGCCAGACAAUGGGACAGGCCGGACAGCGGGACGGACAGACAGUGGGAUGAGCCGGACAGCAGGAUGGACAGACAGUGGGAUGGGCUGGACAAUGAGAUGGACGGACAGCAGGAUGGGCCGGACAGCGGGACAGACGCUCCCCAGGAAGGGGAUUGGGAUUCUCCGCAACGCCGGCGGCUCCCGGUCCCACCGGAAUGGGGGCGCGCCCUCGCGGGUUGUGCCUGGAGAGUUGCGGGGUUGGCACCAGAGGUUUCAGAGUCCUGGUGUUGUCCCAAAAUGUUUUGGGGUCCUGGCAUUGUCACAGGAAUUUGUGGAGUCCCGGCAUUGUCCCCAAAAGUUUUGGGGUCUUGAGAUUGUCCCCAGAAGAGGUCCCAGUGUUGUCCCAAAAAGUUUUGGGGUCCUGGCAUUGUCACCAAAGGUUUUGGGUCCUUGUGCUGUCCCCAGAAGAGGUCCCAAUGUUGUCCCCAAAAAUUUUGGGUCCUGACGUUGUCCCAGAAGUUUUGGGGUCCUGGUGUUGUCCCCCAAAAGAGGUCCCAAUGUUCUCCUCAAAUUGUCCCCAAAAGUUUUGGGGUCCCGGCAUUGUCCCCGAAAGUUUUGGGGUCCUGGCAUUGUCACCAAAGGUUUUGGGGUCCUGAGGUUGUCCCCAUAAGUUUUGGGGUCCCGGUGUUGUCCCCAGAAGAGCUCCCAAUGUUGUUCCCAAAGGUUUUGGGGUCCUGGCGUUGUCCCCAGGGUAUCCCCAGAGUUGGAGGGGACACACAAGGGACACAGACCCCCCCCCGGGACUGUCCCCCCCGGCUGGCACCAGGAUGAGCCAGGAUUUGGGACUUCAGGAUUUGGGAUUUUGGGAUUCCAGGAACAUUCCCGGCCGAUGGAAUCCUCGCUCCGCCAUAUAAACUCAUUAAUUAACGCCAAUUAAAGACGUUUCCUACAACCCCAGUGGUCUGGAAUGAGCCAA